AUGCUCUCACGUCCGCGUUAUAGGUAUGGCUUGGGUCAACUUGCGGCUCUCAAGACACUUGGUGAGAUCUUGCCGCCAACUUCCAGUCUAUUGUCGUCAAUGCGUUCAAUGACAAUCGUCAGCUGUCAGUAUCAGCACUCUUUGUGCACCCAAAAUCUGUUCGGACAUGCGGAUCACGAAUACAUUCGCCUUCGUAUCGCCAGACCUCCGAACGAGGAGGGAAGAGGAGACUCCGUCGAUGUGGUGGAUGAGCGCGUACAUACCCUCAUGCAUACGACGAGGAAGAAGCCGCAGGCGACGUUAUUGUGA